CCGACAUAAACAAAAUUUCAUCAACAAUGUGAGUGUAUGUUUGUUCGUUUAAUUAAAAUAAUACAAUAUUUCAACGUUCAACCGUGAUUUGAUCACAUAUUAUUUAUUGAUUUAAGCCGGUAUGCUACGAAGGUUCCUUAUUGUCUUAAAUGCUUCUCCUUUGACUAAAAAUACAGUAAAAACCCUGAGAAUGAGUUCUGAAAGUUUUAAUCUAUCUAAAAGGAGUCCAGAUGAAGCUAAUUGUGAUGAAUCAGAAGCUAAGAAGCUUAAAUCAGAAAAUGAGGAAUCAGUUGGCGAUAUAAUAAGCAAAGCUGCAGCAGCUACAAAUCGAGUGCGAAAGCCAAAAAAAGUUGCUCUGUUGUUGUGUUACUUAGGAAAAGAAUUUUAUGGAAUGCAGAGGAAUUCAAAUGUAUCAACUGUUGAAGAAGAGCUCUUCAAAGCAUUGUUAGAAUCCAAUAUAAUUCUCCAAUCUGAAUUUGAUUUUCCAAAAACAAUGAAAUUUCAGCGAGCUGCAAGAACAGACAAAGGAGUAUCUGCAGUAAGACAGAUUGUUUCUCUGAGACUCCCUAUUAAAGAAAUAACAAGUGAAUUACCAGAAAAGGUUAACAAACAUCUCCCACCAGAAAUUAGACUUGUUGCUGUGAAACGAGUUACUCAGUCUUUCGAUGCAAAAAUUGCCUGUGACGCUAGAACAUAUUCGUAUAUGACACCUACAUUUGCUUUUGCUUCUAAAGAUGAAGAAACUUCUGAAAAUUACAGAAUUACAGAGGAGAGGAUUAAAGAAGUAAAUGAAUUUUUACAAAAUUAUAUAGGAACUCACAAUUUCUACAAUUUUACUUCUGGAAGAUUACCCGGUGAUCCCAGUUGUAACCGUUAUAUGAUAUCAUGUGAAUGUGGUCCUCCUUUCAUGUCUUGUGGUGUGGAAUUUUCGGUCAUUAAAAUUAAAGGACAAAGUUUCAUGCUCCAUCAGAUAAGAAAAAUGAUUGGGUUAGCAAUUGCUAUUAAACGAAAUUUGACUGAUCUUAGUAUUUUGGAUAAAGUGUGGGAUACUGAAAGGAUUGAUAUUCCAAAAGCUCCUGGACUUGGCCUAAUGUUGGAAGAACUGCAUUAUGAUUGGUAUAAUAAGAAAUAUGGUUCUGAUGGUAUGCAUGAACCUCUCACAUGGGAUGAAUACAAUGAGGUGGUUGAAAAUUUCAAAAUGGAAAAAAUUUGUGCAAACAUAGCUAAAACUGAAAGAGAAGAAAAAUCCAUGUUGCAAUGGCUGGAAACAUUGCCUCAUCACAGCUAUGAUGUUAGAGAUGCAGGACCUCCUACCAUGCUACCAUCAAAAGAAGCUCUGGGGGACAAAAAGGAAAUUUCAGAAAUAUCUAACGAAUCUGAGAAGACUGAUAUCCCAAAAGUCAAUUCUUCUAAUACUGAUGUAAAAAGUGUAAAUAUAUGUGCCGAUUCUACUAUUUUAGAAUCAGGAACAACAUCAGUAGUUUGUAACAAUUCAUCAGAAACAGAAAUAAAGUGUCAAUCUUAGUAUUUAAAA